AUGGCGACCGGGAAGGCCCUCACGCCCGUCAACUCGCUAGUAAAGCUGACACUGGCCGAGAAGCUGGACUUUCUACCAGCAGGACUCGGUCUGCUUGCGACGGCGAUAGCUGCAGCCAUCACCGGCCUGGUGCGCGGGCGGGACGGCGCCAGGACGUACAGGACUCACAUCCGCCACGCUGUCGUCCGGAGAUUCCUAUGGCGCAUGUCCAUAAGACAGCUUCGCUUUAUGUAUCCAUCUACGGCUCAGGCAUACGAGCUCUAUGCAAGAGGCCGUGGCAUCAAGCCCCAGACGGUGCAGCUUGAACAUGGCGCUCAGGGGCACUGGCUCGGGGAGAAGGAUGCAAAGAACGUAGUGAUAUACUACCACGGAGGCGGGUUUGCUCUGCCUGCAUACCCUGCGUACUUCCAGCUGUACUCUGCUCUGCUCAAGCAGCUCAACGCAGCCGGCAAAGACGUCGCUUUCUUCUUUCUCUCAUAUACCCUCAGUCCCGAAGGCGUCUAUCCCACCCAGCUUAGACAGGCAGUCGGCGCCCUUCGCUACAUCGUUGAAGAAACACGCCGCGACCCGCAGAAUGUCUUCCUCGGCGGUGACUCGGCAGGGGGGAAUCUCACGCUCGGGGUGCUCUCUCAUCUCUCCCAUCCACACAAAGACAUACAGCCCCUGAAGAUAUCUGCUCCUCUGGGCGGUGCUUUCACCAUGGCCCCCUGGGUCUCGAUGGCCGACAAGGUGCCGUCGUACACCAGGAAUGCAAAGAGAGACUAUCUCUCUCUGGAGUGCGGAAGAAGCUGGGCGCAAGCCUUCAUCGGCAACGCGGAGCCUGAUAAUUAUAACCAUGCCAUCCAAGCGCCUCCGGAAUGGUGGAAGGAUAUCAAGACCAAGUCUCUGCUCGUCUACGUUGGGUCGGACGAUGUCAUAGUUGACUCGGUCACUCAGUUCGUCGAGAAAAUCAAGCCUGUUGUUCCGUUCACACAGUACAUGAUCUGCGAGGGAGAACCGCAUAUCGGUCCCAUCAUCAAUCGCCGUUUUGGCAAUAGGGAGGAGACCAAAAUGGGCAAGACGUUGAGGCUUUGGUUCAUGGAGAAUCUGUAG